AUGUACAGAAUAGAUGUUUCAGAUUUUUAUGACUUCCAAGCGUUCAGAAAUAUGUGUCCAUUUAGAGACUAUAACAAAGCAGUCGAGAAUUUGAAACGUUUAGUCAUUUAUGUCGACUCUGCCCCAGAAUGUUAUGUCAUGAAAGAAUGGGAUGUUGUCUUUAACAAACCAAGAGCAACCAUAGUUUCAGAACAAGAAUGUAGACAGAAACUUAAGAAAAUAAAAGUCGUACAAGUUGGCAUGAAGAUGUUAGAUGCUUGGGAUAUCUUAUUGUCAAAGUUAGAAGAUUUUUCAGUUCGUGGUAUAAAGUUCUAUACACCAUCUCCAAACUUCUAUUCUAUCUUCACUGGAUAUAAAUACGAACAAGUAGAAUGGAAAGAAAAUGUUAUAGAAGCUUGGUUAGACCAUGUCAAAGAAAUUAUAUGCAAUGGAAACGAAAGAGUCUAUGAGUAUAUCUUAUGUUGGUUUGCAAACAUCUUACAAUAUCCAAGUGCUAAAAAUGAAACUGCUCUCAUCAUAAUUGGAAAACAAGGAACUGGUAAGAAUACUUUCU